CCUCGAGUGUCGGCGGCUGGAGGGUGGGCAGGCUGGCGGCAGGUGCCGCCGCGGCCGCCGCCGCCGCAGCCUCCUCCGCGCCCCGGGUCUGCUGGUUCUCUGCGGGGAUGAGCUGGGCCCCGUCGGGGGCUGCACCUGCCGGCUGCCCAUCACCCCGGGCCUCCUGGCGUGACCUCGGCCCCUCGGCGUGUCUGGCCCCCGCGGCACCGUGCCGCCCCUGAGAGGCAGCGGCCCCGGCCUCCACCCGAGUCCUCGCUCGGGGGCCGCGCGAGGAGAGCGCCCGGUCCCCUCCCUUCCCCCGUCCGCUGUCCUCAAUGUCUCCCCGGCGGGGAGGGGGCUGCCUGGGAGACGCUCCGAACUGCCCCCCCCGGAGGCCCGUCGGCGGCAGCGCCCGCGCCCAGCCCGGCGCCCCGCAGCCUUCCCCGGCGGCGGCGGCGGCCUGGAGGAGCCGCGCACCUGCCGCCGCCCCCGGAGCCUCGCAGCCGCCGCCGCCACCCGGCACCCGAGGAGAGGGCGGCGGGCGCCCCCCGGGAAAGAUGAAGGCGGAGGGGGGCGACCACUCCAUGAUCAACCUGUCGGUGCAGCAGGUCCUGAGCCUCUGGGCCCACGGGACGGUGCUGAGGAACCUCACGGAGAUGUGGUACUGGGUCUUCCUCUGGGCCCUCUUCUCCUCGCUGUUCGUGCAUGGCGCCGCGGGAGUGCUCAUGUUCGUGACGCUGCAGAGGCACAGGCAGGGCAGGGUCAUCUCUGUCGUUGCUGUCAGCGUUGGAUUUCUGGCUUCUGUCACUGGAGCAAUGAUCACUAGUGCGGCAGUAGCUGGCAUUUACAGAGUAGCAGGGAAGAACAUGGCCCCUUUGGAAGCGCUGGUAUGGGGCGUCGGACAGACUGUACUGACAUUAAUCAUCUCCUUUUCAAGGAUCCUCGCUACGCUUUGAGGUUUCUCUGGGAAUGUCUUACUUCACUUAAGGAAGCAGAUGUACAGAUUCUCUGACAAAGGCAUCGUAAACAAGUGGGGAUGAAAUUGUACAAGGUGGAAGGAGCAGGUCAAAACGUGAGGCCUGGAGCUGUGUGGGAAGACUGCCCUCUGGUGUUCACGUGAUUGCACUACCGCACCGCACCUUACGUGCCUUGUCCCAGGCAAGGCGCAUUACACUAUGUGAAGCCACAAGACAAGGCACCUUGUUCAGCUGCCAAUCAGGUUAACAUUGGUGUUGAAUCAUCGUUCUUAACAGUGUUGUGUUAAGUUACAGAGACGUUUUGAGGAAUUGAUAAAUGUGCCAAACUUUCUUUUUUUAACGUGGAUCAUGUGACAGUUUCCCAGUGUAGAUGUAGAUGAGUGCUGUGAAUAUAUCUGACAUGAAUUCAGGUAAUGCAGUGAAAGUUUGUGUUGUAAUGCUCACUCCCGUAUGAGUGCUGAAUACUGAAUCAUUUAACAUGAGAUAAAUUAUUUGAUUUUAAAUGUUGAACAUUUCUGGGAUUUAGGGCUUUAAUAUGUUUAGGCACUAUUGUUAUAUUUAUGUGGAAAAUAAUACUUCAUGGAAAACUAGCUAGACUCUCUGAAGGACUCAAAGUAGGUCUGUAGGGUGCAUCCUUUCCACUCACUUAAAUAACACUCUUUAAUAGUUUCCCUCAUGCAUAAAUGUGCUAUUCAUAUGAAUCCAAAACUUGAUGGGUCACACACAUUGAUGGUAGUUUGUGUGUAAUGAAUUAGAAUUCGAGGAUUUUCUUAUAAACUAAAAGAAGAGAAGUCUGAAAUGCAUGUUGCAUUCUUUGACCCUUCUAGAAAAAGUUUUUGCCAUGUAUCUCAUGGAGAGAACAUCUUUAUAACUAGAGUCUCUGUGGUAAUUAUAUUACUUGUCACAUAUAUCUUGAUUUUUGACAAAAUGUAAACAACUUUUGCUCUGGAGUAAAAACUCUAUUGAAAGAGUGGCCUAAAUUAGGCUGUGAAAACAAAAAGCCUCAUUUGUAGAUAAGUAACAAGUAAGUUAUAUAAGAGGAAUAUCUCACUAUCUCACUCUGAGUAUGUGGUAGCAUCAUAAUUUUACUAAAAUAAAAACUGGGGAAUAUAGCAAGUAAUUUUAAAAUUUAGCAGUUAAUCUCAGCAUACCAGUACAGUACUGAACCGAUAUUUGGGUGAUUCAUUUCUGUUGUUCAGUUCUUGAUUUAUGCUGUUAUUUGAGUUUGCUAGAAUCUGUGAUGACAUUUCUUAGAAUUAAAAAGUCCUUAGUAUAAAACAUUUUAAGAGGUUUUUGGCAAUACAUAACUGCUUUUAAGAGCACAGGAGAUAAAGGAAACACAGAACCUGGUUGAAUUUGUCUCCUGAGAUUUUUUAAUACCAGGUACAAUUAUAAAUAUGCUAAUUCAAAAGAAAAGCCACAGCAGAAAAUAUGAAGUUAAGGACAAUCUAAAAUAUAAUCUGCACAUUCUAGCCUCACUGUUCAAUAGCCCAAUUAGUAAAAUGUAGAUUUCUGUUAGGUCCCAUUCCAAUUUAAGGCCUUUGUUGGUCAUGCCACUUUUUCUCUACCAAAAAUGAAUAUGUUAACAUACAAAUAUAGGAAUAUAUAAGCAACUCAACUACGAGGAGUUGGGGUGUACUUUUUUACCAGUAUAGAAACCGAUUUUGGGGGUUUAUAAACACUGCAGCUUAGACUUUUUUUUUAAACCCAAUGAUCAACUUAGCAUUCUUAGAGAUAUUUGAACCAAAUCUUAAAAUUCUUUUGUAUUAUUGUCAUGUGUUCUUUAUAUUCCUGAUGUUUUUUUCAAAGUAAAUUUAAUCAUAAGUUUUCCAAGCCAAUUAGCUUUCUUUUCUGUCAGACUUGAAUUUUGUUAUUCCUUUCUACCUAUCUAUUCUUUUGUAUCAAUUGAUAAAAUUGGCUAUUCUAUCAAUAAUGGAAAGCAUCCAUAUUGUUUGAGAGGCAUUACCAGUAACAUUUUGACAUGGUUUCAGAUCUACAAAAUGAGUAUUUUAACAUAUGGUUAUUUUAUGGUUUAAGAAAGUUAUCAUGGUAAGGUAAUUUGGAGCAUGUGAUUCGGAAUCGAAAAUUAACCAGAAAAUAACAUGGACACAUUAAGUGGCUGAAUGUGGGGACCAAAGAGCUUUAAACCCCUGGUUUUACUCUAGAAUGCAAGUACCAUUGGAUGGUUAAUAAUUAGCUUGCAGAAUGUCUUGCAGCUUUCUCAUUAUCAAGUUGCUUUAUGUUAUGAAUUUGUGUGUGUGUGUAGUGUGUGCACUUUUAACUUUUGAGAGAGUUUUGGUUUCUUUGCUGCUUUCAGUUUUCUCCAUUAGGAUUUUGUGCAGCUGUCACUCUUUUGGUGUUUUGAAACGCAAUUGAAUAGUGUGGUUGAUGAAACUGUCUUAAUAGGUAUUUCUAUGGUGAUAUUUUUUUUAAGUUAGUGGUUUUCCUAUAAAGAAAAGAAACACUUAAAUGAUAUAUAUCUAUAUACCCAUAUAUAUCAUUAUAUACAUAUAUAUAUAAAGCUGCUAUAUAUAUGAAUAUAGUCUAGUUGGAAAGCUUUUGUUCGGUGAACAAUUUCAUGUUUUAGUGGAAAAUUUGAGGAAUAAGUUUUUAAAAAAGAUUUGAGGAUGUUUGAGAUUUUUGAAUUUGGGGAAAUUUUUCUUGGUUUAGUAGUGCUAGAGACCUUUGUUUGUGAUAAAGACAAAAGCCCUUAUUGAUGUAUUUAGGUUACACCUUCUUAAAAUUUUCUUUGUGGCAAACACAGGAAUAACUCAGUUCAUACUCCUUUCUUUAAAAAUUGUUAAUAAAGUAUUACUGACAGUGAAAUCCAUUUCCCAAAGAAGAAAUUCCUAUAUGCCCAAACCAGUUAUUAUUAAAUACACUAGUUAGAAAUGUCCAUAGAUCCAAGUUAGUCAAGAGGCCUCAUCUAAGCUACAAAUAUUGCUUAAAACCUUUAAAUGAAGGUGGUGCGAGUCAUCUGUCCCCUGGGAUGAUUCCAUUGGUUGCCCAGAAUGCAGAGUCCCUAAGUGGUGGCUAUAUUCAGUGCUUGCAGCUUGAUUCUUACUUGAGAUGUUAAUAUUUACAGUGUUAUAGUUUGUUUUCCAGUGUACUUCCUUAUUAGUGUUUGUGGUACAGGUUUCAAUGGCUCAACGUGUUGGGGUUUUGUUAGUUCUUUAAGUGAGGAGUAAAGAAAUGAGCUGCCCUGAAUAUCAUGUGUUUGUGAUGUAAGGAACAGGGUAGUUCACAGUUAAAGACUGUUGCUGGAAAAAGUCUUCAGAGAACUUCUAGUUAAGAUGAGGGGAGUGGGGCUGCCAUGUUAACGUGCCCAAGCCAACACUUACACAGCAGCUAACUCAGUUUUGUAAACGUGUUUGGUGGGUUUUUAUUGGUAAAGUGCUGUACCAAGUAUUUUCUACAGUAAGUAUAAAGAUGACUGAGAUGGGAGUCCACCAAGAGCUAACAAGAUGGUUUUAAAUCCUCAAAAGGUUAGGAUAAUAUUUUGCUUCCUGAUUCUAAUUAAGAGUUUAAGUCCUAGUUUUUUGUUUCUGUUUUUCUGUCCGAAUUUGGAUUUUCCCAGCUUAUCCACUAAAUGGAAUUUCAGUAGCUGAGAUGUCAUUGCUGUGAGACAGUGAAGAGAUACUAGAAUCUAAGUCAGCAGCAUAGAUCUGCUUGUACGGUCCGUCAUUUGUCAACUUUGUUUAUGAAUGGCAGUAAAUGAUCAAUAUAAUAGUCUUUAGAAUUUUUUAAAAUUACAUUUUAUAAUACCAAUUGAAUAUGUUGUUCUGUAAAAUUCACCUAUGUUCAUCCAUUUCUGUAUUUUCCCUACAAAAAAUUUAAGAAGGAAACAAAAAUGUCUCUUAUCCUGUCUCCUUUACCUCCUCUCCACCUGUUUAUUUUUAAAAUCAGCAGUUAUUUAUCUAAGAGCACUUUUGGGAGUUGGUGGUGGUGGACAAGGCCAGCGCAAGCAGAAUUAAGUUAGGAGUUGUGUAUUACCACUAGUUAAAACAGGAAAAAGACAAAGGUCGCCAGUAUUCACUCCUGUACCUGAUCCUGCCUACUCCCCUUGGCUUCACCGAGCCAACAUUAGUUGAAUCUGCUACAUGCAAUGUCCUGUCCUUGUUGUAGGGCCAGAAAGUCCCCUGCCUGUGUGCACCUCUCUUCCACACCCUGUCCUUUGGCCUCACAGUGAAGUGUCACUGCUGUGGGAAGACAGACCUGGGCUUUGGUGUCUGCUCAGUUCUUCCUUCCAGGGACCAAAGGUGCUAAGCCCUAGUUACUGUUCUUUGUUCUAAACUGAAAAGGAAAUACUGUUCUUUUUAACUUACAUCUAUUUUAUAAUUCAAGAAGUAACAAGAUGCUAAGAAUAUUUUCUGAAAUAGUCUCCAACUACUUCAGUCUUGCUAGUACACAUUUUUCUCUCAAAGUCUUAAUCAAAAUCUCUUGAGAGAGUCAUUAUUUGUUUUUAAGAUGUGAAGAGUGUGGAAAGCUACUGAGGACAUUCUAGUAGGUCUUGAUUGCAGAUAGGAGUUUGGAGACACUUACUGGGUAAUUGGGCAACUUGCUGUUCCUUUUCAUAAUUGGGUGAUUAUGGUUACCAGUAAUCAGUCUCAUAAUUCCCCAAACGCCCAGUUCUUUUCAUAACAACCUGGAAGGAUAUUCUCCAGGAUAAAAAGGAUCUUAUUUGAUUUAAGAUGAUGAACUUUUUUAAACACAUGGUAGCAUUUUGUAGCCGAGGGAAGUUGAAAGGACGAGAAGGAUAAAUAGUGCACACAAGCAAAGGCAUGUGCAAUGAAGUGCCCUUCGUUAUGUGAGCAUCAUUUCCCCUCUGUUAAGGCCGCCCUCUCUGAGUAUGUGUGCGUGUGUUUAGGAAAUGCUCGGUUUCUUUACAUGCAUGAACCAUGAAGUAUUCUGAAGUCAUAUCACAUUUGUAGGUGUGUGGUGUAUGUAGGGUUGCCAUCUCUGUUCAGUGCAGGUAGCAGUGUUUUUGAGGAGGUUGCUGGAGUAGUUAUCUAAAAAUGUAUCUGUGAAUUUGGGGGAAGUAAUGUUUAAUAUACAAAGUAAUUUAAGUAAAUGUGUAGAUGUAGCAGUUAAUACUUCAUUAAAUUAGUGGAAACACUGGAAUUUCUGAGUGAACUGAGCUAUGAACUUUAACUAUCUUCUCUCUGCCCUGAGUUUAGGGGACUCAUUUUUAUAUCCGUUGCGUUCAUUGAACAUAUAUUGAACUUACAUAACAACCCUUUCUUGGUUUUGAGAACUAAUUUAGCAGUUUCUUAGAAACCUCCCUCCCCCUGCGUACAGAUGUCAUAUGUUACAGUUUAAACAGAUGCAUAGUUUGUUGACAGAGUCAGUGCUGGUUUAGAAGAGAAUGUUCUUAACACCUUAUGGUUACGCAGCUAUAAUCUUACUGAAAAGUAAAUACUGUAGGCAAGUCAAGAAAGCAUGAACCUCUAAACAUGUUUUUUUAGAUUAUAUACUGUACCCAUGUAGAUCUCACCUCAAUGGUGACAUGAUUGUCCCCUCUGGGGCAAUAUAUUUAGGUAUGUAAGUGAAACUGGAAAGCAGUGUAACAUAAAUGUACAGAAGGAGGAACUGUAAUGCCCAAUCAUCAUAACUAUUACACUUUUUGUCCUCAAUGUGCUACAUAUUGGUAAUUCUAAAAAUCAUUUCUUUGUCUAGAGCCCUAUGUAAGUGAAUGUUAACUUGGUAGUACUACUGAUGAUGAACAGUGUUCUUUAUUUUUAAAUAAGUAUUUGCACAUCACCAUUAAGUAUCUUUGGGAAGGAACAUUUUAGAUUUUUCCCCAUAGAAAGCAAAGUAGAAGCACUUGUUUGUAUAGUAAUUAAAAAUAGUUUACUUUAAAUGCUGGAUGAGUUGGUAUUCUAAUUGUUGACACUUUCUUAGUAUUUCUUAUGUUGGAUGCAUUUACAGUAGAGAAAUUUAAAAAUUUUUGGCCCUUCCCUCAAUACACACACACACACACACACACACACACACACACACACACACACACACACACACACACAGGCAUGAGCUCUACACAUUGAGAUGAACAAUAUAAAAUUCCACGGUAUUUUUCAUUUUAGUAAUGUAACUUGAUAAAAUUCAUAUGAUUCUACUAUAAAGCGUUAACUCUAGUCAUUCUAGGACAAGGGCAUCAACGUUAACUUAAAGGUAACCAACUAAAAUGUCUUUAAAUAGCAAAAAUACAGUUUACCUGGUAGGUAUUAAAAACUCACUUUCGAAUUAUGUUAACUCUCAAGCCACUGAUGAAUCAUUUAGUAAAUCACAGUACAGUUUUCAAAAGCCAAGUGAUGCCUUAGUGCCUUGGAAGUUAAGAUACUUUUGCAAAGUGAAUUUUAGUGAGAUUCAGAAUUGGUGCGCCUUCAAUUUGGGAAUGAAGUAAUUGAAUUAACUCCUUACAGUUUAAUAAGAAUCAGUUAUUUUUACCAUUGACCAUGACAGAUGACAGCUACUUCCAUUACAUUUUCAUGAAGUGGUAUUUGUCUCUAUUUUUCUUUUCCAAGUAAGUUUGAAAUGGGGAAAAAAUGUAGUCAAGGCAAUUAAGUGUGGGAUUUUAAAAUUUAGUUUGGUUGUAAACUAUAGAGAUUCUAGUGUGAAACAGUUUUAUAUUGUAGUACAAGGGCAGACACUUUAUGUAACUUUUAGGAAUAUGUUUACCAUCAGGGAUUUAUUUUUACUCUAGAAAUACUUAAUGUACUGUGAAGCUUAAUAAAGACAGGAAUAAAAGACAUUGGAGGGACAAUACGCAAAACAAAGGCAUAUGUGAUGAAGGACCUUAUGUUAUAUGAACAGUUUCCCCCUUCUGUUAAGACUAUAAAUUACUCUAUAUGAGUAUGUGUGUUGCAUGUUUACAUAAUACAGUUUAGUUUUAAAGAAUUAUUUAAAAACCUAUGUUUAUGUAUAAUACCUAACAAGCUGUAAAUAUUGUAUACUAUUGAUUUUUAAUUUUAUAUAAGCAAUUUUUUAUUUCCCAAUUCAUGUACAAAUCUCACUGUGUAUAUAGCAUAAUUUCCUGGAUAAGACAGAUUUUGCAGUGAAUUUUAAUUAUUUUAAUUGCAGUAGCAUCAGGUUAGCCUUAGAGAUAUUGAUCUUUAUUUUAAAUUAGUUUUCAUCACUCAUUUUCUUCAAAGGGCAGCAAUAAACUUACACAUGUUAUUUUUGAUUCUCAAAAGUUGGUCUGCAAAGACAGGAUCUAGGUUCCAAUUCAUUGCUUUGAAGAAAAGAUGCACAAUUAGUAUCAUCUGCUGUCUAAUCACAGGACCAUUUCUGAGGUCAGCGUGUCUCUCCUCUUUGUAAUAUACAGGGUGAAUUCUUUCCUGCUACACACAAAAACAGUGGUUGAAAGGGAAUUCAGCACUUAAAUGUCAUUACACAAAAUUUAUUUCAUUAAAAAUUUGUAAUAUACAGUAUUUUAAUAAAGUUUCUGUAUUCAAUUUCAUGCACUUAUCUAUAAAUAAACCUGUCUUUAAAAGCUUUAUGGGUGUUUGACUCUUGACAUAUCUUUUCAACUCAUUUACUCAGACUUGAAUGUUUCCUCCUACCCUUUGUCAGUUUUUCUGGGCCAGUUUCACAAGCAGGUUUUGUGGGAUGUGCUGAAAAAGAUAAGAAGUUUGAAAGACAAUCAUGGCCUAGUUUAUGGUUUUACCUAGAACCAGUUCCAGGCGACAUAAACAUCUAAUUCUAAGAGUUAUUUUUUUUAAAGCAUGCUGUCAUUUUUAAUAAUAAAUGACUAACAUUUAUUGAGUGCUUAUUAUCUGUUAGACACUUUAUAUGUAGUCUUUAACCCUUAUGGUAAUCCUUUAAGUUAAGUGAAUUACUAAAGAUUACCAAAGUAAUCCUUCACUUCACAGAUGAAUCAUUGAGGUUCAGGGAAAGUGACAUUUCUCAAGGUCACACAGCUAAUAAUGCUGAGCUGGGGUUUUCUUACUCUGUUACCUGUGAUUUUUUACCAUGUUGGUUUCUACCAAGUAUUCUGGGGCUCUUUCGUAUAAUGAAGCACGAUCUCAUUAUGGACACCAGAUGGCAUUACAGAGAUUUGAAAAAUUAUCAACUCAGGAUUUGUAUUGUCAAAUGUAUGCAUAUUUUGAAUUUUUGUUGGUAGGGAUUUCUAAAGGAUGGUGCUACGUACCAACUAGGCUCAACUAGUCUCCUGCCUGAAAAGAGACUAGGACUGAUAACAGCCAGUCACUAAUUCUUACAAACUCUGCUAGGAUAAAAACUAGCUCUGCUUUAAACUUGUGCAGGCAAAAUGGAAGUAAAUGUUUUUUCACAUACAGACAUAUUAUUUCAUGUAAUUACUAGUUGAAGCAUAUCUUUUCAUUCAACUAUAAGAAUUAAAAAUUAUUAAAUGUUUCCUUUCUACCACAAGUCCUAAAAAUUUCUUGAACAAAAUAUAUAAAUCUUUGA